AUGAAUCGGAACUUGAGUGCGUUUGUGAUUGGAAUGGUGGGUGCAGCAAUGACCUUGUUUGCUUAUUCUCAGACUCUGGUGUCUCCAAAUCAGUCCAUCGCAAUCGGCCUCCUUGUUCUCAUGUUUGGUUUGCUGAUCAAGGAAGGUUUUAUAUCUCUGUAG